UUCAAGUUUUGGUCACGCUGGCGGCAGCAGCUGAACAAUAAUACAAAAAAAAACGUACUCAAGGUGAAGUAAUUUGGCUUAAAAAUACAGAGCUACGCACAGCAACUGUAACGGGGUUACAAGGGGGGACAAAGGCAAGGCUGCUUUAGUCACCAUUCCAUCCACAAGCAGCAGCAGCAGCUGAAAUGAGUGCGAAAAGCAGACGCCCUGGUACGGCAAACAGCCAAACGCCGAACGAAUGUGUUCAGGUUGUGGUUCGAUGUCGUCCCAUGAGCAAUCGUGAACGCACCGAAGGCUCACCGGAAGUGGUCAAUGUGUAUCCCAAUCGUGGUGUUGUGGAACUGCAGAAUCUGGUGGAUGCCAACAAGGAGCAGCGCAAGGUGUUCACCUAUGAUGCCGCCUACGACGCGAGUGCAUCGCAAACAACGCUCUACCAUGAGGUGGUUUUUCCCUUGGUCAGCUCGGUGCUCGAGGGCUUUAAUGGUUGCAUCUUUGCGUAUGGCCAAACGGGCACGGGGAAAACGUUUACAAUGGAGGGUGUUCGUGGAAAUGAUGACUUAAUGGGCAUUAUACCGCGUACGUUUGAACAGAUUUGGCUGCACAUCAAUCGCACCGAGAACUUUCAGUUUCUGGUCGAUGUCUCAUAUCUGGAGAUUUAUAUGGAGGAGCUGCGCGAUCUGCUUAAACCGAAUUCCAAGCAUUUGGAAGUGCGCGAACGUGGUUCGGGGGUCUAUGUGCCCAAUCUGCAUGCCAUCAACUGCAAGAGUGUGGAUGAUAUGGCCAAUGUGAUGAGAUUGGGCAACAAGAAUCGCACUGUUGGCUUCACCAACAUGAAUGAGCACAGCUCUCGUUCGCAUGCCAUCUUCAUGAUCAAGAUUGAGAUGUGCGACACCGAGACAAACACCAUUAAAGUGGGCAAAUUGAAUCUCAUCGAUUUGGCUGGUAGCGAACGACAGUCCAAGACAGGCGCUUCCGCCGAGCGUCUCAAGGAGGCCAGUAAGAUCAACUUGGCGCUGUCAUCACUGGGCAAUGUCAUAUCAGCACUUGCUGAGAACUCGCCUCAUGUGCCGUAUCGUGACUCGAAGCUAACACGACUGCUGCAGGACUCAUUAGGUGGCAAUUCCAAGACCAUUAUGAUUGCCAACAUUGGACCCUCGAACUACAAUUACAACGAGACAUUGACGACUUUGCGGUAUGCGCAGCGUGCGAAGAACAUACAGAAUCAGCCGGUGAAGAACGAGGAUCCGCAGGAUGCCAAGCUCAAGGAAUAUCAGGAGGAAAUCGAACGACUUAAGCGACUCAUUGCCCCGCAGCAGCAGCAACGCAGCGAGAAAUUGGCAGCCGCUGCCAAGAAGCGUGUAAAGAAACCCAAACGAGAGCCAGUGCGUCGUGAACUAACGGACAGCGUGACGCAGCAGCAGCUUCAGCCGGCCGAGGAGGAAGAGAAGGAGAGCGAAGGCGAGGAGUUGUCCGAGCCCGAAUCGGACAAAGAAAACGAGGCGGAGGUGGCCAAGUCCAGCGAGCAAUUGGAGCGCGAGCGUGUGGAGAACGCCAAGCUGGCUGCCAAGUUGGCUGAGCUGGAAGGCCAGCUGGUGCGUGGUGGCAAGAAUCUGCUUGACACUUACAGUGAACGUCAGAUUGAGCUGGAGAAGAAGCUGGUGGAGAUUGCAGAGCGGAAAAAGCGUGAAAUUGAAAUACAACAGCAGCUGGAGCUGCAGGAGGAGACAACGCUGGAAAUACGAGAACGCAACGUUUCUCUAGAGCAGGAAGUGGAACUAAAGAAGCGCAAACUAUCCAAAUGCUAUGCCAAGUAUUUAGCGCUGCAGCAGGAACUCAACGAUUGCAAGCACGAUCAUAAUCAGGAUCUGCGCGAACUGGAGAUGGCACAAAAUGAGCUCGUCAAAGAACUAAAACGACAGCUGCUUAUCAUUGACAACUUUGUGCCCAUCGAAGUGAAGCAACGUCUGUACACGCAGGCCAAGUACGACGAGGAGCAGGAGGAAUGGAAAUUUGCCUCGCUGCCUAUGCCUAUGACCACCAGCGAUGGCAAGUUUAGCAACAAACGUCCCGUCUCGCAUCCGAAUCGCCGCCGGCCCAUCUCCGAGUAUGCCAUACAGGAGGCGAAAUCGAAUGCACCCGGCGCCAUACGCUUUCGCAGCGAGAACAUACUAAACUAUGAGCUGGACAUGCCGUGUCGCACCACCCAGGAGUAUCGCACACCCAAGGUCUCGGCCUCGUUGCAGGCUGUGCUGGCGCAGGCCAUGCAAACGGGCGAUGACAUUGACAUUGUGGAUACGCACACCAAUUCUUUGCGCCAUCGCCUCGAGAACAUCAUCAAUGGCAACAGCAGUAAUGCUGCAACCACUGCUGCGACUACAGCCUCAACAGGUAUUGCCGGUGCUCCCAACACACGUCUGGCCAAGAGCACAAGAAGUGGCUUGCCAAGCGCCGGCUCUGCGUUGGAUUCCAAUCGACGACCGCCCACUGGUCGCAUGCCCGUCAAGAAACCAGCCUCAGCAUAUCCCAAGGCGCGUGGCCUAGUCAACAAGUAGUCCCAGGAGAGACUCGUAUUAACUCAGUCACACACACACAGAAUCACACACACACACUAACCAAAGUUCUCAUAGUCACAGUCAGCAUGUAAAAAAUAACGAAUCGAAUCUAAUCUAUGUUUUAGUUGCGCAUCCUAUGCAAACCCAAGUCUUAGCCCAAAUCUUCGCACAUUUCGCGCUUUCUAAAAGUAUUUUGCAUUUCUUGUAUUCCCUUUAAUUUGUUUAAACCUUUUUUUUUUGGUUUAUUAUUUUUUUUUGUUAUUGCAAUUAUUUUUUAAUUGAUUUGUUAUUGCUUUUUGGUGCGCCGCAGUCGCAGUUGCAGGCGGCGCCUGCAUUUUGUCCCACUGUGGCCAAGUCAUUCAUUUAAUGUGCAAUUUAAUCUUAAGUUUAAUGUUUAUAAUGUUUACUAUUACUUUAUGUUUAUGACUAUUAUUAUACUUACUUAGUACAAGCAGCUUAGUUAAUCUGAUCAGACCAAAUAAAGCAACUCAACUCAAAGCAAA